AUGUCUUGGCAAGAGAUUGCAAAAGACAAGAGAGAGCGAAUCAAUACCAGUAUUCCUCCGAAAUGGCGUUUAAAAUCUCAACCUACUGAUGUUUCUGUGGUGGGCUAUACUGGAAUUGACAUUAUGUCUGAUGACGAGGUCUUCAUCACAAACUCAUCAGCUACUGAUCUUGUGGCCAAGAUGGCGAAGGGCGAAUUGACUUCUGUUGCAGUAACAACAGCAUUUUGCAAAAGAGCUGCCCUGGCCCAUCAAAUUCUCAACUGUGCACUCGAAUUCUUUCCCGAAGUGGCUCUCACACGAGCUGGGGAAUUGGAUGACUACUUUGAGAAAACGGGAAAAACGGUUGGUCCACUUCAUGGGCUGCCAAUAUCCUUAAAGGAUCAAUUUCGAAUCAAGGGUCUUGAGACAUCUAUGGGAUAUGUAUCAUGGAUUGGAAAAUACGAAGAUCAUGAUUCAAUCCUCGUAACACUCUUGCUCAAAGCUGGCGCGGUAUUUUACAUCAAAACCAGUGUACCCCAAAGUUUGAUGUGCGGUGAGACUAUCAAUAACGUUAUCGGGAGAACUGUGAAUCCUUAUAAUAAGAAUUGGUCUUGCGGUGGUUCAUCAGGAGGCGAAGGCGCAAAUAUCGCGUUUCGAGGCGGGGUUAUUGGUGUUGGGUCAGAUAUUGGUGGUUCUAUUCGGGUGCCAGCUGCGUUCAAUUUUUUGUAUGGUCUACGACCAAGUCAUAGUCGUCUUCCUUAUGGAAAAAUGGCGAAUAGCAUGGAAGGUCAGGAAACUGUGCAUAGUGUUUGUGGUCCUAUUGCGCACUCGGUUGCAGAUAUGCGGUUAUUUGUAGAGUCGGUCCUUGCAGAAGAGCCGUGGAAAUAUGAUUCUAAAGUCAUUCCCAUGCCAUGGCGGCAGUCGGAAGCCGAUAUAAUAAAGUCUAGAAUUUCAAACAAUGGCUUGACUAUCGGGUACUAUGACUGCGAUGGUACCGUUCAACCCCAUCCUCCGAUUCUUCGCGGCAUAAGAGCAGUCGUGGAUAGUCUAAAAAAUAACGGUCAUAAAGUCUUUCAAUGGAAUCCAUAUAAGCAUGAUUAUGCCCACGAUCUUAUGGGCUCAAUCUACGCUUCGGAUGCUGGAAAGGAUGUCUACACCGUUCUUGAAGUUUCGGGUGAACCCCCGAUCCCCAAUAUCUCCGAUUUUGUCCAUCCAGCCUACAAAACCCUCUCCAUAAAUGAUAUCUGGGACAUCCAUCUCAAGAAAUGGACAUAUCAAUGCGAAUACCUCGAGCAAUUCCGACACAUGGAAGAGAAAUUGGGUAGAGAAAUCGACGCUAUUAUUUCUCCUGUGGCUCCUACGGCUGCAGUGCGUCAUGAUCAAUAUAAAUACUACGGUUACACGACUGUGAUCAAUCUACUAGAUUUCACCAGUGUGGUUGUUCCUGUCACUUUUGCGGAUAAGGGGAUGGAUUUGAAGGUGCAGGGAUAUAAGGCGUUGUGUGAGAUUGAUGGUGUUGUACAGGAUGAAUAUGAUCCAGAAGCGUACGAUGGGGCACCGGUUGCUGUUCAAGUUAUUGGGAGACGCUUGACUGAAGAGAGAAUCAUGGCGAUUGCGGAAGAGAUCGGAAGAUUGCUUGGAAAUGAAGUCGUACCUUGA